UCUCUCUUUCUUCCUCUCUUAGUCCUAGCAGUGUCUCUUAGAUUGCCUUUUGAAACCUCAGCAGAUUACACUUAUUCCUCUCCUCCACCUCCUCCUAAGAAGUACUCGCCACCACUGCCACACAAAGAGCCCCAGUAUAAGUCUCCUCCCCCACCAACCCCUGUUUAUAAGUCUCCUCCUCCUCCCAAAGAGACAUACAAGUACAAGUCUCCUCCUCCCCCCAAGGAGGCAUAUAAGUACAAGUCUCCACCUCCACCGGUUUACAAGUCUCCUCCUCCCCCCAAGGAGGCAUACAAGUACAAGUCUCCACCUCCACCAUAUAAAUACAAAUCUCCUCCUCCCCCCAAGGAGGCAUACAAGUACAAGUCUCCACCUCCACCAGUUUACUCUCCACCUCCACCAGUUUAUAAGUACAAAUCUCCUCCUCCCCCUAAGGAGGCAUACAAGUACAAGUCUCCACCUCCUCCAGUUUACAAGUACAAAUCUCCUCCCCCUCCCAAGGAGAUGUACAAGUACAAGUCUCCACCUCCUCCUCCUACAGUUUACAAGUACAAGUCUCCUCCUCCUCCUAAGGAGCCAUAUAAGUACAAGUCUCCACCUCCACCUCCACCUCCACCUCCUUAUAAAUACAAGUCUCCUCCUCCUCCUCCACCUCCACCAGUUUACAAGUAUAAGUCUCCUCCUCCCUCCAAGGAGGCAUACAAGUACAAGUCUCCUCCUCCUCCCAAGUCCCCUCCUCCCCCCAAGAAGGCAUACAAGUACAAGUCUCCUCCUCCUCCCAAGGAGGAAUACAAGUACAAGUCUCCACCUCCACCAGUUUACAAGUACAAGUCCCCUCCUCCCCCCAUGGAGGCAUACAAGUACAAGUCUCCUCCUCCUCCCAAGGAGGAAUACAAGUACAAGUCUCCACCUCCACCAGUUUACAAGUACAAGUCCCCUCCUCCCCCCAAGGAGGCAUACAAGUACAAGUCUCCUCCUCCUCCCAAGGAGGAAUACAAGUACAAGUCUCCACCUCCACCAGUUACAAUCUCCUCCUCCCCCCAAGGAGGCAUACAAGUACAAGUCUCCACCUCCACCAGUUACAAGUAUAAUUUAUAA